UGAUGCACGCUAACAAGGUUGAAUGCUAGAAGCCAUCUGUAAUAGCAAUAGUACGCCUUACAACUUUCUUGGUACUCUGCAGACAGGGCACAAGGGACAUAAAAUCCGGAAAAGUUAACCAAGGGGAAUCAUCAACUGCUCCUGAUGGGGAAAUCAUUUCUGCUCUCACCCACUUUGACACCCUCCAAAUUUUGUCAAAAACAUACAUCAAUUCUACCCCGUAAUUAUCCUAAAGUUUCAUACUUUAGGAGUUCCAAUGCAAAUUUGGACUCCUUCAGGGGUUGCAGAGAUGGGUUUUGUAGCAUACCAUCUUUUAAAGCAAUGCCCACAAGAAGAUUAUGCAGCAAGGCCUCUGUAUUUUCUGAAGUUUCAAAUCAAAAGCAGUUCUUUAAAGUUGGUGCUGAGUCAACUGGGCCAAUUCCUUCCAAACAGCUUCUCCAAGUUGUUCAAACUGCUGCUGAGACUGGUGCUAAGGUUGUAAUGGAUACUGUGAACAAGCCUCGAACUAUUGCCUACAAAAUAGGACUCAGCGAUCUGGUGACUGACACAGAUAAAAUGAGUGAGGCUGCUAUUCUAGAUGUUGUCAGGAAUAACUUCCAAGAUCACCUAAUUCUUGGUGAGGAGGGAGGGCUCAUAGGAGAUUCUUCCUCUGAUUACCUUUGGUGUAUCGAUCCUUUAGAUGGGACCACAAACUUUGCACAUGGUUAUCCUAGCUUUUCUGUGUCUGUUGCAGUAUUGUUUAGAGGCAAGCCAGCUGCCGCCACUGUGGGUGAAUGUGCCUGUGCUUUAAGCUUCAGUGGCUACAGCCCUAUGGGUACUUCAUCUGUUGAGCACUGUGUCUCCAUGAUAUGUGAUUUUGGACCAUGGCAAUUUGAUAAGCAUGUUACUUUUGAUGGUAGGUCUAAUAAAUAUACUCUUUUGCACAAUGGUAAAAUGAUGGCCUUAACACCCCUCACACCUUCACAAAUGUACGAGGACCAACUUAAGUUGCAAAGAGAAUGUGACUUAGACCGCCAAAAGAGAAAGCAAAAAGGGGCCGAAUCUGGAAAUUGCUCAACAUCGAAUCUUGAGCAUUCGGCCAAGGACAAAAAUGUUGUCCCUAGUGUUAUAAAUGAUCAAGCAUUAGUUAAGUCACACACUAGGAAACAAAACAUGAUAAUAAAGGCUAAAGACGUUAGGAAAGUUAUGUACUCUGAUCAGCCUUUGUUACUUGUGAUAUGUAAGUAUGUGCUCUUGAAUGUUGAUGAACUUGAUAAGGCAUUGCCUUCGAGUGUAGUUGCUUUGUUGCAGGAAUUUGAGGAUGUGUUUCCUGACGAGAUCCCUGAUGGACUACCACUCAUCUGA